AGGACUCCACAGUUCACCCCUGAGCUACACAUAUUCACCUCUAUGGGCUAUCUCCUGCAUUGGCACCACUGCCCCAGUCGCUAACCGAGCUGCCUCAAGGCAAAAUCAUCAUCACCAUCUGCCAAGCGUGGCGUAGUGUGCAAACGCAGCCCGGGGUCUGCAGCCGCCCCAGCCUCGGCGUCCCCCUUCCAAGGCGGUCGCAGCGCCCGCCUCGGCGUAAACCGGACGGGCAGCGAUCCCGUUCCUCCCCAGCCAGAAGGCAGGCCCGCUUCCUGGCCGGGCGGGUCACGGGCUGCGCCUUCUCCCCUCUGGGUCCCGCCUCUCUCCGGGCAAAGCAGGCCCGGCGGCUGCCCCGGCGCGGGCCAUGGAGGGACUCUCCGGGCGCCGCUACCGUCGAGGCAGCGAGCAGAAGCCCGGCUCUCCUGGCUGCCUCCGGGACGGGGAGGCGGCGGGGCGGGGGCGCGCGGGCCGGCUCUGCGCGGGAGGGCGAGCGGGGACGGGAGCGAUGCGUCCCGGGGCGGGGAAGGGGCGGUUGCAGCCCCGGAGGAAGGGCCACUUCGGGGAGAGCCUUCGGGGAGGGCUCUGUCGGGGAAUCCCGGGGACGCUUCCUCGUUUGCGCUUCGCUGGCGGGCAGCGGCGCUGAGCGGAGCCUCCUCUCGCAGCCCCCGCGGAAGGCGAGGCGAGGCGAGGCGAGGCGCCGCCACGCGCGGCAGCCGCUGCGGGGAAGCAAAAGCGGGCGGCCCCGCGCCCUGCGAGGCCUCCUCCGAGGACCUUGGCCCUCGCGCGGCCCUGCCCUGCCCUGCCCUGCCCUGCAGCAGGACCAUGGCUAGGACCGGCUGUGGCCCCGGCUGCAGCCUUCCCCAGCCGCCCCGCUUCCGCUGCCUGGACCUGGCCUUCGCCCUGAUGGGCACCCUCGCCUUCCUGCUGGACUUGGGGGCCGACGUGUGGGUGGCUGCCAGCUACCUGCGAGCUGGCCACUUGCACUGGGGUGGGCUGGUGCUGGGGCUCUUGGCCCUCUCCUCCCUGGCGACCCAGUUCUUUAGCUGGGCUUGGCUCCGGAGUGACGCGGAGAAGGAGGGCCUCCCACAUCUGUCCCCCCGGACUUCGAGGCUGCUCCAUGUCCUACAGCUUGGCUACCUGUACAGAUGUCUCUGUGUCCUGAAGGUGGGUUUCCACGCGUGCAAGAUGGACGAUGCAACAGCAACCCAACAGGCCUUUGCCAUUUUCCUGUCACACGACGUCAGCCUGUUGCGCCUCUUUGAGACCUUUCUGGAAAGUGCACCUCAGCUCAUCCUGGUGAUCUACAUCAUCCUGCGCACCAGUCAAGCUGAGAUAUUUCAGGUACUUGGGAUUUGCACAUCUUUUCUGUGUAUCACUUGGGCCCUCUUGGAUUACCAUCAGACCCUGCGCAGCUUCCUGCGGGACAAGGAGAAGCUGGCCUUCCUGUCUUCAGUCCUCUACUUCCUGUGGAACUUCCUGCUGAUGUGCCCUCGCAUCCUAUCCUUGGCGCUCUUUGCAGUGACCUUCCCAAGCUACAUUUUCCUCCACUUCCUGGGCAUCUGGUUGGUCAUGUUUCUCUGGGUCUUCUUGCAAGGGACAGACUUAAUGGAACAUGUCACCUUUGAGUGGCUUUACCAAGCUACAGCGGCUGUCAUCCUCUAUUUCUGCUGGUUCAAUGUGGCCGAGGGGAAAACGCGCCACCGCUCAACCAUUUACCAUGCUUUCCUGUUGCUGGACAGCACCAUCCUUGUUGCCUCUUGGUUCUGGUACAGCUUUCCCUCGAGCUGGGAUUCCCACGUGCGCCCAGCACUCCUGGCUGCCCUGGUCUGUUAUGUCCUUGGCAUCUUCUUGAAAGUCAUCUACUACUGGUGUUUUCACCCCACUGUGAAAAAUGUACCCCUUGGGAAUUAUGAUGAAGUGGACAGCAGUGAACCUGGGAACGGGGAUGCUGUUGUGUUCCGCCAAAUGGUUAUAGAACCUCUCAUCAACCAUCGGACAUACAGACUUUCUCAGAAUUUCUUUGCUGGCUCUUCAGCAGAGACUCAGUACCAAAGGAAUGGGACUGUUGGGGAUAUGUAUCUGUGAGCCAGGCUGUUCAUGCCCAGAGGGGCCAAGACAGGACUACAGCUGAAUUAGAUUUAGAAAACAUUUGUACCAGUGGUCUGCUGAAUCUGUGCCUAUACUCCUUUCAGGAUUAGCCACAUAAGCUAAGCCAAAAAACUAGGAAGGAAAUUUUUAAGCACAAGGUAGAUGUUACCACUAAGGUUGAUUGCAUCUUUGGCUCACUCAGGGCAAGAUGCUCUUCUCAGCUUUUCCUGCUGCCCCUUUUGUGCAAAUUCACCUAAAGUAGCUUUUCCUCUCACUUGAUAUGUUGGAGGACAAUGUUCAUCAUUCCCAACCAGCAUGGAGAUGAUUGUAAGUGGCACCCAAUUAGAGAUGCCUAGGGGGAAAACCUUAAUAUUUUUUUCCCUGAUUUUUUCUGGAUUUGUUUCCUGCAGAUCUUCACAUGUUCAUUUCAUUUCAUUUGGAGGUCACCAGACCAGGGAGGGCUGUUUGUGAAUCAAAGAAAGAGGAGACAUCAAAGGCUUACAUUCUGGAGUUUGAUUCUUCCAACAAGGCUGAUGGAUUCAAGUCUCAUCAGUCAGAAACAACAACCUUGUUAUUAGUUAAGGGUGAGAUUGUGCCAGCUGUCCUCUUGAUGAGAUUCUUUAGAGGGGUGAGGAAUCUGUAGCAACAUCAGCAGAUAUGGUCAAAUAUGGCCAAAGGUGAAGAAUGCUGGGAAAUGUCGUUAGCAAGACCUGAUGGUCCAUAGGUAUACCAUUAUUGCUUUCUGAGAGACACAGAAACUGGAUUCUAUGACUUGCACCAUGUUGUCGGUUGCAAUAUUUUUCAAUUCUAGUGCACUUUUCAAACUUUUCCUUUAAUCUUAAAUUCAGGCCUUCACUUCACUGUACUUGACUGCCCUCUGCCUGUGUUCAGAUAGCAUGCUACACCAGGAAAAAUUAGUUGAAGGGAUCCUUGGUCACGUGCUUUCUCUUUUCUUUAAUGUGGCUACCAGAGGGGUUCCAAGCUGUCACUUCUACUUUUAACCAGUUCUUGUCAUAGUGUCUUAACUAUGACAUCAUACUUUAUACGGGUAUCAUAGCUUAUCUGGAAAAACACAUACUCCUCAAAGCAUAAGCUAUGAAACUGGCUUGUUUUAACAUACCACUGUAAAGAUGAAUCAGAGUUUAGAAUUUGGAUGUAGUGCUAAACUAUAGUUCUUGGUGUUGAGACUCUUCCUAUCUCACUGAGAUGAGGGAGUUGAUAAACCUGGUCAUUCAUUGCAGUAAACUGUGGUUUUGUACUGGGACUGAUUGGAUGUGGAAUUCCAAAAUACCUGGAGGACAGUAGGUUGCUUGACUUUGCUAUAAUGCAACAUCUGAACAAGCUAGAGUUGCUUCAUCCCUUCCACUGUCCUCCUUGGUCUUGGACAUGUGUGGCCAAAUAGCUUAUAUUUCAAGAGUCUUGAGAGGCCAAUCCUUCUUCCAAUUCUUCCAGGUUAUCCUGAAGUGAGGCUUGGAAAACAUGCCUAACGCUUCUUUCUGGAUUUGGCGCUCCUCCCAUCCCUUAUGUACCUAAUUUAAAAUACUAUCAGCGUUAGUGUUUUCACAGCUGUUCAGGCUGAUUGGAAUCAGCAAAAAUGUGUAUAGCACAGAUAUGUAUAUUCAACUUAUUCUAGCCUCCAACACAGAAGGUUGCAAGUUGGAGUGGAGGAACAGCAAAGGGGUAGGCAAGGAUCUACUGUUCCUAAGCAUUUUAAAAAAAAAUUGAAAAAGCCCCCACCUGCUUUUUCACUUCAGAGGAUGGAAGAGUAGAUACUCUAGCCUUAACCUCUCUCCCUCCUUUCACUAAACUGUCUCCCAGUUUAUUAUUUUUCAUUUACAGUAAUACCAAAUUCAGUGGGAACUCAGUGCAACUGUUAACUUAUUGCCACUUCUGAAAUGUUUAGACUGAAUAAAGUAUUUCAU